AACGAUGUGAAACUAGACAGCUCUGUUUUAUCGUCCGGUUUUAAAAGUUUUCUCGAGUAUGAUUUUGUGUUGAAAACAUUUUCAGUUACACUAGAAAAGGAGCGCGAGAAUGGAAAUAGGUGGGUUUGCUUUGGGGAGGAAAAAAACUGAAAACAUCAUAAAACUUCUGCCGGCGAUAGAAAAGCUCGUUGAUAGGUAUACUUGUAAGAGAUCUUCCAAGAAUAUAGACAUACCGUUUGAGGCUUGUCGCGGUAACAUCGGUGACUUGAUUACUGUUGUUUCUUUGAAGGAGAACAAUUACAAGAGAGGUCAUUUCGAUGUAGACAUUCGAAAAUGCGUGAAGAUGGAAGAGGGAUCAUACAGAUAUACAUCAGAGGGUGUGCGAUUUACUCAGUCACUGAUAGCAGUUUUAAACGAAACUCUUCUCGGUUACAAAUCUACCAUCACUCAAAUAACAGACCGGACUUCGGAGGUGAUUUCGAUGACCACGGCAUUUGUUAUUAUACGAGAAAUCAACGAACUUGCAGACCCUCGACAAAAUUGUCAAGGUUGUAAAUCACAACAUCCUUCUCAGAAACAGCAUAUGGUUGAAGGUGGCUGUUUGUCUACUGAUCAGCCGACAUGGGAAGAGACCUGCAACAAAUUCUGGCAAGUAGGGAAAAGUUUGAUCAAAGACGAAGAUGUUCAAGACCUUGCAGUAAGAGCUGUAUCACGUAUCCCAGAAAUGCAGAAACAAUUCAUACCAGGACUCGUUCCAAUGGAGCACACGCAAGACAGUGACUUGAAGGAUUACGUUUUAAGAAAAGAUGAAUUGAAGGAUAGUCCGAAGAAAACAAAUAUUAUGUCAUUAUUUAGAUAA